AUGUCCAUACACCUGAUGUGCCUUACCUCUGAUGGUGGUGUGCCUAUUUAUUCGAAAAAAAGAGGCGAUAGCGAGAACCUUCCCUUUUCCACGAUCGCCUCGCUGAAUGGAGUUCAUAUGUUUUGUAAAUCGCAGGGCGUCGAUCUGCCCAUCACGUACCUCGAAGACAGCAUGAUCAUGUGGAAAGAGUUCGAGGGUACGAUCGUGAUGAUCGGCAUUGCGAGGGACAUUACCGAGAAGACACUGCGCCAUCUGCUCGAUUACUCCUACCAGGCGAUGGUGUUUUGCGUUGGCAUACAUUCCAUCAAGAAGAUUAAGAACAUCGAUCGUUUUAAGCGAGAGUUGAAGAAUUACUAUCCCCUGAUCGAUCAGCUGCUUGAGGUGGUGGAAAGUGAUCUAUUUCGCUACGUCGAUUGUGUCCUGUGCUCGGAAAGUAUGGGCAUGUUGACGAAGCUCAACGAAUUUAGCGUCCAGAUAGGUUCGCCCUUUUGUGCGCUUCUGGUCCGGCAGCGAAUCGCUUGUGGAACGGAAGGUUGGUGGGAUCUGGAUGUGAUCGAUCGGAAAUUGCUAAUGUUGCUGCUAAACGCUUCCAGCACCAUCCAGCAAGAUGUACCGGUUUAUUUGCCAAAAAAAUCACCCAGCAUUGCGUAUCGCUUCAUAAGCAUACCGCUGACGCAAGGAGUCAGCAUCUGUGCGCUUUGCGGUGCCGAACCGAAGUAUGAUGUGUUGCAGGGACUAAGCCAACAGUUCUGGAUGAGCGAACUCGACGUGCUAAUUUCGGCCGAGCAAAAGUAUCCGAAAAGUUUCAACACUGGUGCCGAGCUGGAUUCGCACAUUUUGGGCUUUUUGUUGCUAAAUCGCGAGCACGCUAAAUACGUCAUGUCACGGGGUGCUGUGCAAUCGCAUAACAAUGCUCCCGGUGGAAAAUCACGAACGGGCACAAUGUCCAGUGGAACAUCCGCACAUCGGUUAGACAUUCUGCGAUCGUUCUUCCAUCAGUCGGUCGAUGUGAUGGAGGACACGCUUCGGGAAGGCGAUAGGGUAAUUAAUCUUGAACAGUACUGGUGUUCCGACUAUCACAAAUGUCACGCCCUUAUCGAGGGAAGCAACGUUCUGUGCGUGCUCUACACGUCCGCCAUUCCAACGCCCAUCAUGAGGAUAGUAACACAAAAAACACUGAACACGUUGAUAUCGGAUAAGGAUGUGUGCUGGUAG